UUGCGGAUUCAGUUUUGUGGGCCGUCGCGCGCCCCCUGGAGGAACACCGGAGGAACACAGGAAACUGUUACAUUUCCCGCCCAACGAUUUGUGGGAGACAAACGAAAAGCAUUUUGGGUAAUUCUGAAAGAUGGCGGACGACGCUGAGCAGCAACAAACCACCAACACAGUAGAAGAGCCUCUGGAUCUGAUCCGGCUGAGUCUGGAUGAGAGGAUCUAUGUGAAGAUGAGGAACGACCGAGAGCUGCGCGGCAGACUGCAUGCCUAUGACCAGCACUUAAACAUGAUCCUCGGAGAUGUUGAAGAGACAGUGACGACUGUGGAAAUCGAUGAGGAGACGUAUGAGGAGAUUUAUAAGUCGACGAAGAGGAACAUCCCCAUGCUGUUUGUUCGAGGGGAUGGAGUUGUGUUAGUGGCUCCGCCGCUGAGGGUCGGAUAACUUCCUUGAGUUGUACACAGCUUAUCUACACAAUUAUGCUUUGGACUCUAAAUUCUUCAAGUGGGUGGACUUUUAAGUGGAUGACGUUUUUUUUUUUUUUUUUUUUGGAACCACGGAGCUGUAAAUCUGUUUAUUUUUCAAGAUGGCUUUUCGUUUUACGUUUUGGAAACCUGUAUUGGCACUUCAUUUGCGCAAUAUGUUUUUGACUGUCAUUAAAAUUCUUGAAGUUCAA